AUGCAAAAUGGGAAGCGCCAUCUCGGGGACGCGGUUGCAACUGGGGCGGCCAUCUUCGUGUUGUCGAGAGGUAUCUUUUCAUCGUUUCCGUCGUUGAAACUUCGAGGCAAGUGUGCUGCCUUAGAGGAACAGCUUACAUCUGCCAGGGCAGCCAUUCACGAACUGCGGGCACAAAAUGAAUCUCUAGCGUGCCAGCUUGACGAAGAAAAACAAAGGACAUCAAAUUUUUCCCUCGAAAAGUUCAAGCAUUCAGAUGAAGAUAUCAUGCUUUACACCGGUUUGCCCUGCUAUGAACAGUUCAUGAGUUUGAUGGAGUUCUUGGACCCAGGUGAACGUGGUUGUAAUGUUUUGCGCACUGAGGGCAGCAGUAGUACAACAAAGUCUACUGCAGGCCGGAAAAGAAAACUUAGUGUAGAAGAUGAACUCUUCUUGGUCUUAGUUCGACUGCGACUUGGUCUGCUUGAGGCUGACCUAGGUCACAGGUUUUGCGUCACGCAAUCUACGGUAUCCAGGAUAUGCACAUCAUGGAUAAACUUCAUGUAUGCCAAGCUCUGCACCCUGCCUCUUUGGGCCCCAAGGGAAGUCAUCGAUGCAACAAUGCCGACUGAGUUACUGCACAAAUAUGCUUCAACAAGGGUGAUCCUUGAUGCGACCGAAAUACGCUGUGAAGUGCCUUCAUCUCUGUCACUACAGUCAAGCACGUACUCGUUUUACAAGUCGUCAAACACAUUUAAAGGCCUCAUAGGGGUGUCACCGAAUGGACUGGUCAGCUUUGUGUCCGAGCUGUUCACGGGAUCCACGUCAGACAGAGAGUGCGUCUCACGGAGUGGGUUCCUGGGGCUAGAUUUCGAAGAAAAUGAUGUCGUAAUGGCGGACAAGGGUUUUCUUAUUGCGGACCUCUUGGAAAAGAAGGGAGUACUUCUGAAUAUGCCCCCAUUUCUGAGAGAUGGGACAUUCUCAAGGGAAGAAGUGCUUCGAACACAAGAGAUUGCUUCCCUACGGAUACAUGUGGAGCGACGAAUACAGCGCAUCAAGGGAUACCACAUCUUCGACAGGCCAAUCCCACUUUCGUUGGCUCCUGUCAUCAACCAAAUCUGGACUGUGACAGCUAUUCUUACAAACUUUCAAAGCCCUUUAAUUCAACACUGA